ACUAAUGAAUAUUUAAGCAUAUUCCGCGUUCAGCGCCCUUUGAUUGGACCUUCUGGCUUAGUUUCCUGUGUUAAGUUUUAGAGCAGACUUUUGAGGGCACUGGCCCCCCCACAUCUUACCCUCUAGCUGGCUGUCUGAACGCUGCACCGCCGCUGUCAGUGUCUGUCUGCACGAUGGACGGAGGACACCGCUGAGGAGCCGCAUCCAUGCUUCCAGGAGUUUAUCGGGACUAUCUUCUGUAAACUUGGAUUUUGUCCUCUGGCUUUAGGUUUAGCAACUAGAGUUUUUUGAAACAGUGUGAACUUCGUCGAUUUUCGCGCAAAUAUUGGCUCUCGGGUAAUACGACAGAGAAGACUGCGACUGUUGUGUUGACGGCAGAGGAUGGGGAGCCGGGGGCACUACCGGUACCACUGGCAGAGCCACAAUGUCAAACACAGCGGAGUGGAUGACAUGGUGCUGCUCAGCAAGAUCAAUGAGGACGCCAUCGUGGACAACCUCAAGAAGAGAUACAUGGAUGACUACAUCUUUACAUAUAUUGGUCCUGUGCUCAUCUCCAUCAACCCUUUCAAGCAGAUGCCAUACUUUGGGGAAAAAGAAGUUGAGAUGUAUCAGGGCGCAGCUCAGUAUGAGAACCCUCCUCACAUCUACGCUCUGGCAGAUAACAUGUACAGAAACAUGAUGAUUGACAGUGAGAACCAAUGUGUCAUCAUCAGUGGAGAGAGCGGAGCAGGGAAGACUGUGGCAGCCAAAUAUAUCAUGGGCUAUAUCUCCAGAGUGUCAGGGGGCGGACCCAAAGUACAGCACGUCAAAGACAUCAUCCUGCAGUCCAACCCGCUGCUAGAGGCCUUCGGCAACGCCAAGACUGUGAGGAACAACAACUCCAGCAGAUUUGGGAAAUACUUUGAGAUCCAAUUCAGCUCCGGUGGCGAACCAGAUGGAGGGAAAAUCUCCAACUUCCUCCUGGAGAAGUCACGUGUCGUCAUGAGGAAUCCUGGAGAGAGGAGUUUCCACAUAUUCUAUCAGUUGAUAGAAGGAGCCAGUGGAGAGCAGAAGAGCAGCCUGGGAAUCACAAGCCUGGAUUACUACACUUACCUCAAUCAGUCUGGUUCCUACAAAGUGGACGACAUCAACGACAAGAGUGACUUCCAGGAGACAAUGCAUGCCAUGGAUGUGAUUGGCAUCGCAGCAGAGGACCGCGCCAUGGUGCUUCAGAUUGUGGCUGGAAUCCUGCACCUGGGAAAUAUCACUUUCAAGGAAGCAGGCAACUACGCUGCUGUGGAGAGUGAAGAGUUUCUAGCCUUUCCUGCAUUUCUGCUUGGAAUCGACCAGAAGCGUCUGAAGGAAAAGCUGACAAGCCGGAAGAUGGACAGCAAGUGGGGAAAUGCGGUGGAGUCCAUCGAUGUGACACUGAAUGUGGAGCAGGCAUGUUACACACGUGACGCCCUCUCCAAAGCCCUGCAUGCACGAGUGUUUGACUUCCUGGUCGAGUCCAUCAACAAAGCCAUGGUGAAAGAUCAUCAGGAGUUUAAUAUCGGAGUGUUGGACAUUUAUGGAUUUGAAAUUUUCCAAAAAAAUGGAUUUGAACAGUUCUGCAUCAACUUUGUGAAUGAGAAACUGCAGCAGAUAUUCAUUGAGCUGACUCUGAAGGCAGAGCAGGAGGAGUAUGUGCAGGAGGGCAUCAAGUGGACUCAGAUUGAAUACUUCAACAACAAGAUUGUCUGUGAUCUCAUCGAGAGCAAAAAUCCUCCUGGUAUCAUGAGCAUCCUGGAUGAUGUGUGCGCCACCAUGCACGCUGUGGGCGAGGGAGCCGACCAGACCAUGCUGCAGAAGCUCCGAGUCCAGAUCAACACCCACGAACACUUCAACAGCUGGAACCAGGGCUUCAUCAUCCACCACUAUGCUGGCAAGGUGUCCUACGACGCAGAGGGUUUCUGCGAGAGGAACAGAGACGUCCUUUUUACUGACCUCAUAGAGUUGAUGCAGAGCAGUGAAAUUGCCUUCAUCAGAGCACUGUGUCCAGAAAACCUCAACGCUGAAAAGAAGGGUCGACCCACAACUGCAGGCAGCAAAAUAAAGAGACAAGCCAAUGAUUUGGUGAGCACACUGAUGAAAUGUACUCCACACUACAUCCGUUGCAUCAAACCUAAUGAAACCAAGAAGCCCAGAGACUGGGAAGAGAGCCGAGUAAAGCACCAAGUGGAGUACCUGGGUCUGAAGGAAAACAUCAGGGUGAGGCGUGCUGGCUACGCCUAUCGCAGAGUCUUCAGGAAGUUCCUCAACAGGUACGCCAUCCUGACCAAAGAGUCUUGGCCAACGUGGCGAGGAGACGAGAAACAAGGCGUCCUGCAUCUCUUACGGUCUGUCAACAUGGACCAGGAUCAGUUCCAGCUUGGUCGCACCAAGAUCUUCAUUAAAGCCCCUGAGUCGCUCUUUCUGCUGGAAGAGACGAGGGAGCGCAAGUUUGACGGCUACGCCAGGACCAUCCAGAAAGCCUGGAGGAAAUAUAUGGCCCGCAAGAAGUAUGUCCAGAUGAGGGAAGAAGCUUCUGACCUGCUGUUGAACCGGAAGGAGAGGCGGCGACACAGCCUCAACAGAAACUUUGUAGGUGACUACCUGGGUAUGGAUGACAGGCCUGAGCUCCGACAGUUCCUGGGCAAGAGAGAAAAGAUCGACUUCGCAGACAAAGUCACAAAAUAUGACCGCCGCUUCAAGGGGAUUAAGAGAGACUUGAUCCUGACCCCAAAGUCUGUGUACCUGAUUGGAAGAGAAAAGGUGAAACAGGGACCAGAGAAAGGACAGGUGACAGAGGUGCUGAAGAGGCGGGUUGAUGUGGAGAAGAUCUUGGCAGUGUCUCUCAGUACAAUGCAGGAUGACUUCUUGAUCCUGCACGAGCAGGAGUACGACAGCCUGCUGGAGUGUGUCUUUAAGACGGAGUUCAUCAGCUUACUGGCCCGCAGGUUUGAGGAGAAAACCCAGAGGAAGCUACCACUCAAGUUUAGUAACACACUGGAGAUAAAGUUGAAGAAGGAGAACUGGGGAUUCUUAAGUGGGGGUGGCUCCCGGCAGAUCCUGUUUGUCCAGGGUCAGGGAGAUAUUCCUGUACUGAAGCCGGCGAGCAAAUCUCUGCAGGUCAGCAUCGGCCCCGGGCUUCCGAAGAAUACACGUCCCACCAGGAAGAGCUUCACUCAGGGUCGCUCCAAUGCGUCCAGAACUCACCAGAACAUCCCCUCACGGGCUGCACCGGGACCUCCAGUUGCUCACCAGAAUGGUGCCCUUAAAAACACCAACCACAUAGCCAAUCAGAGGAACUCACAGCACCACAACCAGAGGCAUCCCUCAGCUGGCAACGCAACACGCCCCUUCCUGCCCAGCAACAUCAACCAGCUGCCGGAGCGAGGCGGCAGCCGGCCGCAGCCCAACCUGGACUGUCUGAAAGUCCCUGAUCAAGGAGCCGCAGGUAAUGGAGACAGACGGCCAACUUCAAAUGGAGGAAUAGCCCACAGACCAUCAGCCAGCAGGCCUCAGCCAGGAGGAGGACGACCCAAACCUGCACCCAAACCCAAACCCCAGGUUCCCCAGUGCAAAGCUUUGUACGCCUACGACGCUCAGGACACAGACGAGCUCAGCUUCAACGCUGAUGACGUUAUAGACGUCAUCAAAGAGGAUGCAUCCGGGUGGUGGACAGGACGUCUUCGUGGAAAGCAGGGACUUUUCCCCAACAACUAUGUCACCAAGAUCUAGAAGCUGCCGGUUUACAGCACGAGGAGGAGAGCCUGCUGCGUCCCUGCUCUCAUAGGACGAGAUGGAGCUUACAGUCAGAGAGAGAUAAGCGCUUUGAGAUUUCUUGAGGAGAGAAACUCACACUUCCUCCACUACUGCCUUUGUGGUAAACAAAUGUAACUCUCAGUUACACCACCAGACCAAAAGACUGUCAGGCUUGAAAAUGAGGCUCUGCUUUAAAGACAAGAAGACUGUUUGACUCCGGGGGUCUGUUUUUCCUCCACAGUCCCUUUUGAGUACUGAACAAAACUAUUUAUUGUAUUUAUAGCUUUCUGUGUUCUCCUUACUGUCAUUUAUAUCUUGCUGAGGAUUUGAGCUCCAACAUUUUGAAGCGUUGGCAUGAAGUAUGCUUAAUCUGUGGGACCAGGCUGUGACUUUUAUUCUCAACACGUCGUUUUUAAAUGAAGGUUUGAUUGCUGAAUUAAAGGCGGCCGCCUCGGUGUCAAAACUGAAGUGACCGCUGCUUUACCAGGAAUAUUUAUUUUGGCGCAGAACUGGCACUACUUUCAUGGAACGGCGUUUCAGUAAAUGAUCAUAUUGUGAUUUUAAAUACCAAAGCAAUAUCAAUUUUAACAGGUCUAUUCCACAUGUACAAAAAAAACAUUCAGAGGGCAAUGCGGUCAAGUGGUGAGUCACCUGGAAAACCACCUUCAUCUUUAUUUUUUUGUUUUUCUAUCACACAAGUAUAUUUUCGACACAGAGUAGAGGCCAUGUAUACUGUAACAUGCUGUCUGUGGUGUAUUAGCACUUUAUUGGUACAGGUACUACCUUGGACACAGACAUCAUCACUCGUUCAUGCCACAGCCAGUAAGUCAAGUCUAUGAAGGACAGGUUGCCAAGCUAGCAAUAAGCCGAGUUACUGAGGAGAAAAAUUUGUUUACAUGAAAUGAUAAAACAGGCAUUUUAGAUCUGAUUCUGUAUAUGUGUUCAUAUUUAGGAGUAGGCCUGUUGUUGUGUUAGAUUUUAAAUUAAUUGUUCUUUAUUUUCUCUGAAGGAUCUUAGUAUUCUGUUAUUCUCUCUGCUUUUGAUACUCACAGGGCUGCUUUAUUUCUAGUUCAGCUACAGAUAGAUAAUAAUGGUAUUCACAGUCUUGGGUGAAUGGAUUUUUUGUUUUGUCAAGUGUUGUUUUAGGUGAAAGAAAUGUGUUGACAUUUUUCUGUGGCACUACAAAGAAUUCUUUUUGCUUCUGCACGACUGUUUCUGCACAUCUUUUGCACUGCUGUUGCAUUACUUACACAUUCCUUAGUCAUUUGUUUUACAUUUUUAUCAAAUAACAUUACGCUCUAGUCAGUGAAAACUGCUGGGACUUCUGUCAUCUAUCUUCUGCAUCAUCAAAUAUAGUUUGAUCUUGGAUGGUUGAAAACAUCCUUGUGCAAUACAAAACGGUAGAUUCUUUUAAUAAAGCAUGUCAUAUUGUAUAUUUAACUGCUUUUUGUUUUAUUAUCAGAGAACCCAUUAAAUGAACAAUGAUCAA